AUGGGCCCCUGUACCGCCUCCUCAUGCUGCUGCCAGGCCCGUAAUCUGCCAUGGGCCCCCGUACCGCCUCCUCAUGCUGCUGCCAGGCCCGUAAUCUGCCAUGGGCCCCCGUACCGCCUCCUCAUGCUGCUGCCAGGUCCAGAGUGUCUCAUGGGUCCCUGUACGGCCUCCCAUUGCUGCUGUCUCCAUCGCCACACUCUGCCAUGUGCCACUUUCAGGUCUCCUCACACUGCUGGUGGGUUCCAUUUUGUCAUAGGGUGCUGGCAGAUUACGGGCCUCCCAUUGCUGCUGCCAGGCCCGUAAUCUGCCAUGGGCCCCUGUGUACCGCCUCCUCAUGCUGCUGCCAGGCCCGUAAUCUGUCAUGGGUCCCUGUACGGCCUCCCAUUGCUGCUGUCUCCAUCGCCACACUCUGCCAUGUGCCACUUUCAGGUCUCCUCACACUGCUGGUGGGUUCCAUUUUGUCAUAGGGUGCUG